CCCAUGCGCGUCCUCAGCAGCGACCGCGUCGCCACCGCCGCCAUCUGCGGGGAGGUCUGGGACGCCUCCAAUGAGGUGACGGACAUCAUGGAGCAGAGGGGCAACUAUCGCACCGUGAUGGUCAAAGACAUCGCGAAGCUCAAGAGGGACUUCAAAGGCAAGGAGUCUGAGCUGGAGACAGACUGCAAACAGCUUGCGCAG